UCACCCAAACUGCCGUGUCAUCCAGAGUACCUUUUAAAUGUUUUUAGAGCAUGGCGUCUCAGGACCCAGAAGCAUCGCUUACUGCACCAGAUCCUCCUGCAGCUGAGCCCUCCCCCCAUGACCUGAGGUUAGUUCUUCUGGGCAGGACGGGCUCUGGGAAAAGCAGCUCUGGAAACACCAUCCUGGGUAGGGAGGCAUUCCGAGCUGACAUCUCCCCAGAGUCUAUCACAAGCCAGUGUGAGAGAGUUAGUGAAGUUGUUUCCGGAAGACGCCUGGUUGUGAUUGACACCCCAGGGUUCUUUGACACGCGUUUCUCCCCCCAAGAAGUGACAACUGAGGUGGGGCGAUGCAUCCUCCUCUCCUCCCCAGGACCCCACAUGUUUCUGCUGGUGCUCCAGCCUGGGAGAUUCACCCAGGAAGAGCAGCACACUCUAAAGUGGAUCUCCGCCACCUUUGGGCCAGAUGCAUUCAGACACACAAUGGUUCUUUUCACCUGGGGGGAUCAGCUGAAAGGUAAAUCCAUAGUGGAGUUUCUGAGCAAGAGCAAAGAGCUUUCAGACUUUGUUGGCAGCUGCAAGGGAGGUAACCAUGUCUUUGACAACUCAAAAUCCACUGGUGAUGGCCGUGCCCAGGUUUUAGAGCUGCUUCGCAAGAUUGAUAAGACCGUUGAGGAGAAUGGUGGUAGCUGUUACACCAAUGAGAUGUACCAGGAGGCUGAGCGUGCCAUCCAAGAGGCACAGGAGAGGAUCAUGGGAAAGCAGGAGUCCGAGCAGAACUUGCAGUCAGCAGUGGCAGUUCGAGGAAGAGACGCAGAGGGAGACCGGAGGAUGGAGGAGAGGAAGAGAAGGGAGGAAGAGGAGGCCAGAAAGAAAGCAGAGAAGCUAUUCUGGGGUGAGCUGCUGACUGCCAUGGGGAAGGGGGCAGCGGAGGGCGCCGGGCUGAUGGAGAAAGGGGAGGCGCAAGAUGGAAUAAAGCUGAAGAAGGGGAAGGUGGUGAAGAGGGCAACGGCCCUGGCCUCCACACCACUGUCAAUCACAUCCGCUGCUAAGGUGGUAGGAGGAGCCGUGAGGGAAGGGAGCAAAGUGCUGUACAAGCACCGCAAAACAUUCCUGCACUGAGACCAAGAUCCUCUUUACAAAGAUGGCUUUGCCGCUUCAGUAGAUACACCUUCAGCAGAUUUGAUUCAGCACUAUAUUGUCUAAGUAGAUUCAUCACUAUGUACUGUCUAAGUAGUCACUACAAAAGGUUCUUCGUCAUGUCUUACAUUAUGGUAGACAGUGCCCAUACAGUGAGAACAUGCACACCAGGAGAGUUGUUGCUGUGGUGUAUCAUUAGCAAAACCUUAAUGUACACAGAUUUCUUUUAUUUUGAUUGUAGUUGCUGCUUUCCUUUAAGAUCCAUCACUCAUCUUUGCUGUAUAGGCACCGUAUGUAACUGUAAAGCUCUUCUUGCUUCUCAUGUAGAUCAAGAGCUUCAGGCAUAGAGGAUGACUGACAUGUUAACACUGACAUGGUUUGUGAUCAACAGUGACUUCAGUCCGGUUUCAGACAAGGCAUAUGUGUUCUGUGUGUGUGUGACAUAGUGUUCAUUACUAAAACAGACCAAUGUGGAAAAAGGUCAAAUGUGGCAAAUAUUUGUAAACAAACCACAUGACUACAUGCAAGUACUACAUAUAAUAAAUGUAUUAG